GACUGUCCAAUAUACCCGCCAAUUCAAUUCCCAACCCCAGGGCGGCGCUUCAAAAUGAAGGCAGCUUCGAUCCCAGGGAGAUUAGUGCGCUCGUCGCAAGUCUGCUCUUCAGCAAAUGUUUUCAGGGCGUUUCCCCGACAGCGACAUGGACUCCAAGCUUCUGCUCGACACUCGUCCACCAUAUCCGACCCUCCAGUAGCCGCGCCUCAGAUAGACUUUGCCCAGAUGUCCAGAAACAAUUCGAAGAAUCUGCACGCCCGCGUUGUUCCAGCUUCGCCUUCCUACUUCACGGGUCUCCCCCAGUUUAUGGACAGCCUCCUGAAGCUCCAGGCCCUGCUCCGCAAGAACGAGACGCUCCCUGUUGUCAAGCCCGGACAGGCGCCACGAGUAUCGUGGCAGACACUGGAGUCUUACCGGUCUUCACUGGGCGAACAUGUGCGAACUUCGAAAUACCAGAAGGUCAUUCAAAUACUGCACCGACUGAACCACAUCCACCCGACCUUGAAGACACCAGAAGUCAUUGAAGCAAUAGAAGCCCACAGGCGAACGAUUGACCCGUUCGCAAACAUAGCCAGACCGAUCACCAUAGACCGAUUUGGCAGAGCACUUGGCGUUGGACGACGUAAGUCCUCCACGGCGAGGGCGUGGCUUGUUGAGGGUAAUGGGGAGAUUUUGGUCAAUGGAAAGACAUUGGUGGAAGCAUUUUCAAGAGUCCACGAUAGAGAGAGCGCUAUUUGGGCGCUGAAGGCGACGGAGCGGAUAGACAAAUACAACGUGUGGGCCCUUGUGGAGGGUGGAGGAACGACAGGGCAGGCUGAGGCUUUGACAUUGGGUGUUACGAAGGCCCUGCUCGCACACGAGCCGUUAUUGAAGCCAGCGUUGAGGAGAGCUGGUUGUGUUACGCGCGAUCCAAGAAAGGUGGAGAGGAAGAAGACCGGCCACGUCAAGGCCAGGAAGAUGCCUGCCUGGGUCAAGAGAUAGUUGUGGGGCUGUUGCCAU